AUGUUUGAGAAGAACGAAUUGAAGCCUACGUUCGAGGACGUUAUGGGUUGCCAGUCGGCAUGCUAUGAGUGGGCAGACAGCUAUGAUAGCAAGGACUGGGACCGUCUCAGCAAAUGCAUUGCACCAACACUGAGAAUCGACUACCGCUCAUUUCUGGACAAGAUCUGGGAAGCCAUGCCCGCAGACGAGUUUAUCGCCAUGGCCUCGGAUCCCGCCGUCCUAGGCAACCCUCUUCUCAAGACACAGCACUUCAUCGGCGGCACACGGUGGGAGAAGACGUCGGAGGACGAGAUUAUUGGGUACCACCAGCUUCGUGUGCCUCACCAGAGGUAUACAGAUGAGACACGCACAAAGGUCGCAGUCAAGGGCCACGCCCACAGCUUCAACAUGCACUGGUACAAGAAGAUCGACGGAGAGUGGAAGUUUGCUGGGUUGAACCCGGAUAUCAGGUGGUUCGAGUACGACUUCGACAAGGUGUUUGCCGAGGGUCGCGAACAGCUGGGCGAGGCCAAGGCUGCCGCUGGUAUCCCAGAGAAGCUCCCUGGCCAGGCAUUGUAG